AGUCCCUACGCUGGAGCUGAGGCUCAGCUCAGCGCGGAUAAGGGCGCGGAGCGCACUGAGAACCCUACUUUCUCGUGAGACCGAGCCCGGCAAAUGGGCGAAUGAAGAAGGAGAGCAAGGACAUGGACUGCUAUCUGCGUCGCCUCAAACAGGAGCUGAUGUCCAUGAAGGAGGUGGGGGAUGGCUUACAGGAUCAGAUGAACUGCAUGAUGGGCGCACUUCAAGAACUGAAGCUCCUACAAGUGCAGACAGCAUUGGAACAGCUGGAGAUCUCUGGAGGCACGCCCACCUUCAGCUGCCCUGAGAGCUCACAGGAACAGCCUGAGUGCCCUCGCUGGCAGGGUAGUGGAGGUCCUUCUGGGCCUGCUGCCUGGCCCUCCUCCAGCCAACCAUCUUUUGACAGUAGCCCCAAGUUCCCAUGCCGUAGGAAUGUCUGUGGGAAGGAGCUGGCUGUCCUUCCUAAGACCCCGCUGCCGGAGGAGCACCAGAGCUGUACCCAACAGGGGACAGAGUGGGUGGAGCCAGAUGACUGGACCUCCACUUUGAUGUCACGGGGCAGAAAUCGGCAGCCUCUGGUGUUGGGGGACAAUGUUUUUGCAGACCUGGUGGGUAACUGGCUAGAUUUACCAGAACUGGAAAAGGGUGGGGAGAAAGGUGAGACUGGGGGAUCCAUUGAACCCAAAGGAGAAAAGGGCCAGUCCAGAGAGCUGGGUCGCAAGUUUGCCCUAACCACAAACAUUUUUAGGAAGUUCUUGCGUAGCGUGCGGCCCGACCGAGACCGGCUGCUCAAGGAGAAGCCCGGCUGGAUGACACCCAGGGUCUCUGAGUCACGAGCAGGACGCUCGAAGAAAGUCAAGAAGAGGAGCCUUUCUAAGGGCUCAGGACGGUUCCCUUUCUCAAGCACAGGAGAGCCCAGACAUGUUGAAACCCCCGCCACAAGCAGUCCCAAGGCCUUAGAACCCUCCUGUAGGGGCUUUGACAUUAACACAGCUGUUUGGGUCUGAA